AUGGCUCAGCAGGAGGAGCUGAGUGUCCCCCCGCAGUCGCUGCUGGAGCUGCACAAACGGCGGAAGGCGCUGAGCGAGCCCGAGGUGCGGUACUACCUGCGCCAGACCAUCCUGGGCUGCCAGUACCUGCACAGCCACCGCGUCAUCCACCGCGACCUCAAGCUGGGCAACCUGUUCCUCAGCGACGACAUGGAGGUGAAGAUCGGUGACUUUGGCCUGGCCACCAAGGUCGAGUACGACGGUGAACGCAAGAAGACGCUGUGUGGGACCCCCAACUAUAUCGCUCCAGAGGUGCUGGGCAAGAAGGGGCACAGCUUUGAGGUGGACAUCUGGUCCAUCGGCUGCAUCAUGUACACUCUGCUGGUGGGGAAACCUCCCUUUGAGACUUCUUGUCUAAAGGAAACGUACCUCCGGAUCAAGAAGAACGAGUAUACCAUUCCUAAGCACAUCAACCCUGUGGCUGCAAACCUCAUCCAGAAGAUGCUGAGGUCCGACCCUGCCACGCGCCCGACCAUCGACGAGCUGCUGAAUGACGAGUUCUUCACCUCGGGCUACAUCCCCAGCCGCCUGCCCACCAGCUGCCUCACGGUCGCGCCCCGGUUCUCCAUCGCUCCCAGCGGGAUGGAGCUCGGGCGGAAACCGCUGACGGCGCUCAACAAAGGACUGGACAGCCCUGCACUGGAGAACUUGCCGGACAAGGAGGAAGCAGCAGGACUGCGGGAGGUGGGAGAUGCUGUCACCUGCCACCUGGCUGACAUGUUGCAGCAGCUGACAGCAGUCAAUGCAGCCAAGCCCUCUGAGAGAGUGGCGGUGAGACAAGAAGAAGCCGAGGACCCAGCCUGCAUUCCCAUCUUCUGGGUUAGCAAAUGGGUGGACUACUCAGAUAAAUAUGGACUAGGUUACCAGCUGUGUGACAACAGUGUCGGGGUUCUCUUCAACGACUCCACUCGCCUCAUCAUGUACAACGACGGGGACAACCUGCAGUACAUUGAGCAGAACAGCACCGAGUCUUACUUCACUGUGAGGUCCUACCCCUCCACCCUGAACAAGAAGAUAACACUACUGAAGUACUUCCGGAACUACAUGAGCGAGCACCUGCUGAAGGCAGGGGCCAACAUCACACCACGGGAGGGGGACGAGCUGGCCCGCCUGCCCUACCUCUGCACCUGGUUCCGGACCCGCAGCGCCAUCGUCCUGCACCUCAGCAACGGCACCGUGCAGAUCAACUUCUUCCAGGACCACACCAAGGUCAUCCUGUGCCCUCUCAUGGCUGCUGUCACGUACAUAGAUGAGAAGCGGGACUUCCGCACGUACAAGCUGAGCCUGAUCGAGGAGCACGGCUGCUGCAAGGAGCUGGCCAGCCGGCUCCGCUACGCCCGCACCAUGGUGGAGAAGCUCCUCAGCUCCAAGUCUGGCUCGGGCCGUGCGAAACCCUCUGCUUAGACCUUGUUCUUGCUGGACUCAGCAUCUGUGCCAAACUGCCCAGCUGUGGAGGGAGAGGUCUGGGAGCUUCCCUCCUGUGGCACAGCUGGGCUCCCACUCUUGGAUAUGGGCUCAUUGCCACAAGGAAGCCCCUGUUGCUGUGGGAACAGUGUUGAUCACUCUGACUGAUGCCCAAAGGUUUCUUGAUCCCCACUCCUAAUGGAGUGGUUUUUUUAAUUCCAUACAUAGUCUGUUUUUCUAACUUCCCAAAACCAAAAGCCUGGCUCCAAACCAGCCCUCUUGUUUGAGGCACCUGGGCCUGCUCUUGGGAGAGCAGAGCAUGGGGAGAGCAGAGCUGUCACGUGAGGUGUCUGUACGUGGCUGUGCCCUUGCCUUGGGCUUCGUUUCCUCUUGUAGAAGCUCAGGUAAGGUAUUGAACGUGCCCAGGGUGAGACCGAGCAAUCGGCCUUUUAAUACUGAAACUACACGAAACCUCAACUUUUGUAUAUUGCAUAACUUGAUUAAAGAUUGUUUGCCGCAG